AUGCGGAACAGGGCGAAGCAGUUGGUCCCCCCCCCCCAGGCUGAGCAAUUCCUGUCAACAUUUUUACCCCAAAAAAUCUUUCAACUGGACAAGUUCCUGAAGGAGGAUUCAUUGAACAUCAAGGAUCUCGCAACCCUCCGGGCCCCCCUGGAUAUCCCCAUCCCUGACCCGCCCCCCAAGGAUGAGGAUGAGGACUCUAGUAACAUGGAGACGGAUAAGGAGGAGAAGAAGGAGGCUCCAAAAUGCGGCUACCUGAAGGGCAAUGAGGCCACGGUGACACUGCUGGGCCGGGUCAAGCCGGAGGUGUGGGAGCUGAAGGAGAAAUGUGUUUUGGUCAUCACCUGGAUCCAUCACCUGAUCCCCAGAAUUGAGGACGGGAAUGAUUUUGGGGUGGCCAUUCAGGAGAAGGUGCUGGAGCGGGUGACGGCCAUCAAGACCAAGGUCGAGGGCUUCCAGACAGCCAUUUCCAAAUAUUUCUCUGAGCGAGGAGAUGCUGUGGCGAAGGCUUCGAAGGAGACCCACGUGGUAAGUGAUCGGGAGCUGCAAGCUUCUGCACAGCAGUGCCCUGAACCAGGGGCUGGGAGUCUCCAGGGCUGUAAGCUUCUGCACAGCAGUGCCCUGAGACAGGGGCGCUGGGCCGAGCUCUAUCACAUCCUCACCCAGAACCUGGAGAAGCUGACAAACCCCAAGGGCGAGGAGAAGCCGUCCAUGUACUGAGGGGCCGGGGGGCCUGCCCCCCAGCGGGGGAGGGGCCGGAACCAGACUGCGAAUAAACGGCUCCCCCCCGCCG